GGGCACAACACAACUCGUUCCGAAGUCGAUUCAGCCACGAAAACCAUUGUUGAAUCUCCAGAACACCUCCGAUUUCCCUAGUACAAUUCGUCAAUUACUGGAGCAAAGACAAUUUCACUCAGUCAAGAAAUUUGGGAAAACAAACGCACUGUCCCGUUCUCUCAACCCACCCAAGACGUCUUCACAAUGACUGUAGUCCAUAUCGUAUUAUUCAAGUUCCGCCCCGACGUUCCGGAAGAACACAAGUCCACAUUCGUCCGCGAACUCAAAACCCUAAAGUCCCUCCCCUGCGUCAAAGACCAACGCCUCAUCGUCGGCGGGCCCUCCAUCACAGACCCCAUCGAGAGGAGCAAAGGAUACCAAUUCGCGCUCCUGAGCUUCCAUCAAGAUCGGGAAGCGCUGGAGUCGUAUCAAGCUAGUCCGGAGCACCACAGGUAA